UCAGUCAACCUUCCUCAGCUCCCUCACAUUUCUUAUCUUCCCCAUUCUUCACUUCCUACCUCCUCCUCUGUUGCCACACGCUAGAUCCCCCAUCCACAGCCGGCACUCUCUGGUGGCCGCCCCUCCCAUUCGUCACCAUUGUCGGCGGACACGUAGGCCCAUGCUCUUCCCCGCCCCGCCCCUUCUUCAUAUCCGAUCCCCGAAGUGCUCGAGGAGGCGCUCGAGCUCGGCAUGCUCGCCGGCGACACCGGGGCCCUCCCUCCUCCUGAUGCACUCUUCGUCGCCGCUAUGAGCGUCUCCACCUUAUCCCGCGCGCCAUGAAUCCUCCCUCCCCCCUGCUCGAGACGCCAUCAAGUCUGGAGCAGGAGCAGCUGCUGCUCGCGACCUCCAGUUCCUUCUUUCCAUGGAUGUGCUGCUGCUCGGGGCCCUCCCUAUGCUUCUCCUCGCUCGUACGGGUCCAGCUGCUCAGGAGCCAUGGUGUGUUCCGUGUGGCGCUGCCUUCGCGGCCGCAGCCGUUGUUGUGUCUCGUGUGUCGCGGCAGCCAAUGGGGUCGGGAAGGUCUGAGACUGGAGGUCCCUGCUCGCCAACUCACAGACGCCCUGAAUGGUUCAGAUUUUCUGAAGGAGAAGGAGGUGCCGAAAGGGGAUGGGAGCAACAAGAGUCUGAAUCUAAGAGUCAAAGAAGUCGAACCUGAAGAAGUGCAGGGAAGAAUUAUAGUUGCGUGUGGCUGGCUGGUUCAGGGGAAUUUCAGGGCGGGCGCGGCGGCGCGGGUGCCGGAGCAGGCUCCUAGGCACUGGCGAUCUGUCGGACGGAUAUUAGAAACGAAGGUGAGGUUGUAUCUUGUUAGCCUGGCCGAUCCGUGAAUAUUUGAUUGUAGGUGAAGGAGGAGCGGCCGCCCACUCGACGGUGCGGUGUAGGGCGGCGAGGGAGGCCGGCAGGGAGGCCUCAAUGCGGUGCAGGACGGCGAGGGAACCGUCCAGCGAGGCGACGAUGCGAUGCAGGGAUCCAGGCCGCCGUGCAGGGAGGCGACAGGACUGCUGAGCUUCGUCUCGGGCGGUGGCGAGGAAAGGCAGGGAGUGGGGCCAGGGACACGAUUAGGUUCGGUUUCCUUUUUUGCGAGUUGGUUAGAUGGUUAGAUUAGCGUGAUUUGAGGGGCUGCGGAUGCGGGACGGAGAGUUUCAUAUUUUCCUCUUGUGGAGUACGGUCAGUCUAUUGAAACUGCUAAGCGCAUACCAGAUCUUGAAUAAAUUAAUGAUGACUGUUGGAUUGGGUCGUGUGGGCUUCA